AAAAUGUAUGUUAAAUUUAGAUUAUUAUAUUUAAGAGGAGGAGGAAAUUAUAAUGAUAGAGGAUUAAAGUUUGGAUAAUGGAUUGAAAUUUAUGAUAAAUUUUGGGAGUUAAAUAUUUAUAUAUAUAUUUAUUAGUUAUUGCAAAGUAUUAUUUGUAGGAAAUUAUAAAGAAGGAAUUAAAAUAGGAGAUUGGGAAGUUCAUUUUUAUUAAUAAGAUAAUAAUUCAUUGAAAAUGUUUGAUAUUAAUCAUGAUAUUUUAGAGGCAAAGGAACUUAUAAUGACUUAGGAAUGAAAACAGGAUACUGGACAGAACCUUCUGAAACAUUUUGGGAGUAAAUAAUAUCAUAAAAUCUAUAGGAAAUUUUAAGUUAUUUAUGAAGGAUAAUAUUCUAAUGGAAUUAAAAGUGGUAAAUGGAAUGCAUUCUUUACAGGUCAUCUGCAUAAUAGGAAUGGAAUAAAGAUUAAAAAAUGGAUGGAUUUGUAUGAAAACUAUUUAGAAUAACCCAUUUAUGUUGGUAAAUAUUAAGAUGGGAUCAUAAUGUAAGAAUUUAAAUUGAUAAAAUAAAUGCUUUAUUAUUGA